UAUUUCAUACAAAGUUCCAACAAAAAUCAAUUUCAAUUUAAAUUCCUAAUUUUCACUUUCUCCACCGUUCGCCGCCCUUCCUUCUCACCUCCGAAUACCAUCUCCGUUGACUCGCGCACCUCUUUCCCAGCUGCCCAGUCCACUCUUAACUCCGGAUCUCCCUCUCCUCUUGUGUUCGUUGCCACUUAAGACCGAUCAAUUCAGAUCAGAUCAGAUCCACUUCGAUAAAGGAAAGGAAGAAUGCAAUUUUUUGGGGGUUCAGAGAUCAGUCCCUCGCCGCCGGUGCCUACAGCUUCCGGCAACAAUGCUCAUAUGAUGUACAUCUUCAAUCGUAAUGGUGUCUGCUUACUCUACCGUGAGUGGAAUCGCCCUCUCAGAACAUUAAACUCUCAGCAAGACCACAAGCUCAUGUUUGGUUUGCUUUUCUCCCUCAAGUCAUUGACUGCGAAAAUGGAUCCCACCAUUGCGGAGAGAGGAAACCUUGGGGUACCUCAAUUGCCUGGUCAAGGUUGCUCUUUUCACAGCUUCAGGACCAAUACAUACAAGCUCAGUUUCAUGGAAACCCCUUCUGGAAUCAAGUUUAUCUUGGUAACUCAUCCGAGGACUGGUGACCUUAGGGAAUCCUUGAAGUACAUUUACAACUUGUAUGUAGAAUAUGUUGUUAAGAGCCCUCUUUAUUCUCCUGGAUCCCCAAUCAGGAACGAGCUAUUCAACACAUCGCUUGAUCAGUAUGUAAGGAGCAUUGCUUAGAGGUCGAAGGGAAAGCUAACAUACCUGGCUGGUAUCAUUGGAAACAGUAUUGAGGACGAUACCGUACCAAGAUAGGUCGAGGAUGGCACCGUACCGAGAUAGGUCAAAGACGACAUCGUACUGAGUAGGGGUGUUCAUUAAAAUGUUCACGCUGCAUCACAUUGCAUAAAAAAAUAUGGUUUGAAAUUCUUUGCGAUGUGGUUGCGGUUUGUAUUUUUUUCAAACCGCACACGGUACGAUGCGGUUUGCGGUUUCGAAUUUAAUAAUUGCGGUUCAAAUUCAACUGCAGUAUAUAUUACAAAGUUACCAAUUUUUAUAAUAUAUAAUUUUUAUUCCUUUUUCAUAUAAGAACAAAUACAUGCAAUAUAUGUAUAUAUUAUAUAUUUUUUAAAAAAACAAUUCAAUAUAAUAACUUAUUGAUUAGUAUA